GCCCCCGGCCCCCGCAUAAAGCCAGUGGCAGAUCACGCUCCCUCUCCAUCUCACACUAGGCGGCCACUCCCCCAAAAUUUUGAAUUCCGCCCUCCUCCCCCAACCCCACGCCACCGACCCGCUCCGCUCCGCCCCGAAAGUUUCCGAAUCCCCCCCACGCCGCACCGCGGGACGGGUGAGAUUUCGAAAUCUCCCCGGCCGCCGCCGCCGCCGCCAUGUCGCGGGUGGACAAGGAGAAGUCGGUGAACGUCCAGGUCCUCCUCCGCUGCAGGCCGUUCAGCGACGACGAGCUCCGGAGCAACGCGCCGCAGGUGGUCACCUGCAACGACUACCAGCGGGAGGUCGCCGUCACGCAGACCAUCGCCGGGAAGCAGAUCGACAGGGUCUUCACGUUCGACAAGGUUUUCGGCCCAACAGCUAGGCAGAGAGACUUGUAUGAUCAAGCCAUCAUUCCUAUCGUGAACGAGGUGCUGGAAGGGUUUAAUUGCACCAUCUUUGCUUAUGGCCAGACGGGCACGGGGAAGACUUAUACCAUGGAAGGAGAAUGCCGGAGAGCUAAGAGUGGACCGGAGGGACAGUUACCUUCAGAUGCUGGGGUCAUACCUAGGGCCGUCAAGCAGAUAUUUGAUACAUUGGAGAGGCAGAAUACUGAGUACAGUGUGAAGGUCACAUUUUUGGAACUGUACAAUGAGGAAAUAACAGAUCUUCUUGCACCAGAGGAGAUAUCUAAGGUUGCUCUGGAAGAACGGCAGAAAAAGCCAUUGCCACUCAUGGAGGACGGGAAAGGUGGGGUGCUUGUGAGAGGUUUGGAGGAAGAAAUAGUCACUAAUUGUAGCGAAAUAUUCUCUCUUUUGGAAAGAGGAUCUGCGAAGCGCCGCACAGCAGAGACUCUUUUGAACAAGCAAUCAAGUCGUUCGCACUCGCUUUUCUCAAUUACAAUUCACAUAAAAGAGGCAACCCCUGAAGGAGAAGAACUGAUAAAAUGUGGGAAGUUAAAUCUGGUUGAUCUGGCUGGGUCUGAGAACAUCUGUCGUUCUGGAGCUAGGGAGGGCCGAGCAAGAGAGGCUGGUGAAAUAAACAAAAGUUUGCUUACUUUAGGCCGUGUUAUCACGGCAUUGGUUGAGCACCUUGGACAUGUUCCUUACAGAGACAGUAAGCUCACAAGGUUGCUUCGUGAUUCACUUGGAGGGAGAACAAAAACUUGCAUUAUUGCUACUGUUUCGCCUUCUGUACACUGUCUUGAGGAGACAUUAAGCACAUUGGAUUAUGCACACCGGGCAAAGAGCAUAAAAAACAGGCCCGAGGUUAACCAAAAAAUGAUGAAAUCAACGUUAAUCAAGGAUCUCUAUGGAGAAAUCGACCGACUGAAAGCAGAGGUCUAUGCUGCACGUGAAAAGGUUGGGGUGUACAUUCCAAAAGAUAGAUACCAGCUGGAGGAGAACGAGAGGAAGGCCAUGGCUGAUCAAAUUGAGCAAAUGACUGCCUCUUUAGAAACAAAUCAGAAGCAAAUCAAUGACCUGCAAGAAAAGUACGAUUCUGAGCUCCAACAUUCUGCUGAUUUGAGCAAAAAGCUCAAAGCCACAGAGAAAUGUCUGGACCAUACAAGCAACCUACUCUCAACAACAAAAGAGGAUUUGAAACAGGCCCAUUAUAAUCUCAAGGAGAAAGAAUUCAUUAUAUCUGAGCAGAAAAAAGCAGAAAAUGCUCUAGCACAUCAAGCCUGUGUUCUGAGAUCAGAACUUGAAAAAUCUAGCCGUGAUAAUGCUUCACUGCAUUCAAAAAUAGCCAGAGGAGAUAAACUAAGUGCUGCAAAUAGGUCGGUGGUGAACUCAUUCCAAGCUGACCUUGCUUCAAAGUUGGAUAUUCUCUCCAGUACCCUCACUGCAUCUAUAGAUCAACAAAACAAACACCUAAAGGCUGUGGAAGACCUAUGCCAAUCUUGCGUUGAUUCCCAUGACACGGCUACAUUGGAGAUAAAGAAGAAGAUCUUAGCUUCGAAGUCGUUAUAUAUGUCGCACAUGGAAGCUUUUCAAAAUAUUGUGCUCCUACAUAAAGCAAACACAAAUUCUACAUUGGAGGAUGUAUCAUCUCUGUCUGCAGCAAGCUGUUGCAGUCUUGACCAGCUUCUAGCAUGUGUUGAGGGAGAGGCACUGAAGAUAUUUACUGAUAUUCAGAGUUUGUUAGCCGACCAUCGAAGCGAACUGGCACACUUCACUAAGGAAUUGCGUGAUAGUUUCUGCAUUAGCUUGGAUAGGACGAAGGAUAUGUCCAGCUUCAUUCUUGGGCUCUUUGAAAAGUACAUGGAGGAAACAUCCAAGUUGCAGGACCACUCGAACCACACUCAUGAAGCACAGGUCAAAAGCCUUGAAGAGUUUCAAAAGGCUUAUGAGGAACAAUCAAAGUCCGAGGAACAGAGGCUUCUGGCGGAUAUCACCAGUUUGGUGUCCAAACACAUUGUUCGACAAAGAGAGCUGGUGGAUGUUAGAUUAAACUCUCUUGGCGAUGCUGCUCGUGGUAACAAGACAUUUCUGGAUGAGCAUACGUCUGCUAUGGAGGGUGUCACAAAGGAUGCCAAGAGAAAGUGGGAAAUGUUUGCAGAGCAAGCAGAGAAUGACUGCAAAGUUGGCUCCAGCUUCUCUUCAGCUAAGCAUUGCCGCAUGGAAACAAUUAUGCAGGAGUGUGCAUGCACUGUCGACUCUGCUGCACAACAAUGGAAAAAAUCCCAUGCUGCAGUUAAUGAUUUGUGCACAAAACAAGUGGCUGAAGUUGAAGUACUUGUCAGGGUUGCAAUCGAAAACAACGAGCAGCAUGAAGCAGAGAUUGCAUCAUCUCGCGCCUUGGCUGAAGAGCAAGCAUCCAACGGUAGCAAAGAAAUACUCCAGGAUAUCGACAAUCUACUGGAAGAGGCACGUAAUUCUGCAUCAAGAGUUGUGUCGACAGUGGAAGCACAUUCGGUAGAGAUACAGCAUUUGCAGGAGAACCACUCUGGGCAGACUUCAGGCGUCAACACACAUGCCGAGAGGGCUUUCCAAAGCAGCUACAGGGACUAUGAGCCGACUGGCGAAACUCCGAUGAGGUCUGAGCCGGAAGUCCCGAGCAAAGGCACUAUCGAGUCGUUGCGAGCGAUGCCAAUUGAGUCCCUGAUGGAUGAGUUCCGCGAGAACCAUCCCUAUGAAUCGAGCAAGGAGCCCAAGCCGUCGCUCAUCCCUCGCUCGCCACUCGCGACACUCAACUGAGAAACAAUGAUAUACUUUUCUGUGUGCAGUGUAAUCUUAUUAGGACAUGAAAUCGCUGCUGGCUUUGAUGUCCUUGUUGUGCUAUGUUUUGUGGGAUGCGAACUAUCUUACCCUCGCCCAUUGUCUUUCACAUUCCUGCUAGAACGUAGUAUCAAUUUGUUGUCUGAUAAUGUGGAGCCGCAGAAUAUUCUUGUAAAAAAUUCUAUGAUCGGACAUUGGAGCUUGAGAGAUUGCAUUGCAUUUCAUUGCUUGGAA